UCAAUGCAGGAAAAGUGCUAUGAAAAUCAUUUGAAAUGUUUAUUCACAAGAUCACAUCAGUUUUGCGGUACACGCGCCUUGAGACAGUUCUAAGUCGAAUAAAAACGGAUGACAGUUUUUAAAAGUUCAAAGUGGACAGGAUACUAUUACGAAUAGUGGAAACGAAUUCAAAUUUUUGUUUGCAUAGAAAAUUUUCUUAAACAUGAUAGUAAUAAUUUUGUUAACGGCUCUUUUUGCCGGAGCGUAUAUUUACUGGACAUAUGUACAAUACAAAACCGGUUGGCAUCUGCUUAAAAAAGUACCAGGACCCUUCACAUUUUGGGUAUUCGGGAAUGUGCCGCAAAUCGGAUUAACAGCUGAAGAUAAUAUGACCCAAGUGCGUCGCUGGGCGCAUCAAUAUAACUAUGGGUUAGCACGCAUGUACGGUGGCGCCCAGCCAUAUUUGAUGGUCAUAAAUCCCAAAGCUAUGGAGCAAGUGCUCUCGAGCACCACACUCAUAUACAAGUACGACCCCUACAAAUUUUUUUACCCUUGGCUGGGCCAGGGUUUGCUUACAUCGAAUGGUCGCCAUUGGUUAAAUCACCGUAAGAUGAUAACGCCCUCAUUUCAUUUUGCAAUUCUACAAGAUUUCCUUAAAAUUAUGAAUGACACUACCGAUCGAUUUAUGAUGCUAUUGGGAGAUUUCGCGGCUAAGGAGGAUAUGUUCGAUUUUCAAGAGAUCGUAACGCGUUCGACCAUCGAUGUCAUCUGCGAAGCUGCCAUGGGAACUCCGGUGAAUGCCAUAGUAGGGCGCACCUCACCUAUGGUGCCGGCGAUUGCUGAGCUUUGCGAUGUGAUGCGUCAACGGAUCUUCAGCGCGUUAAAUCGUUUGGACUUCUUCUUUGUUUGGACGGAGGCAUAUCGGAAACAGGAAAGAGCUUUAACAGUACUACGCAGAGAACUUUCCGAAAUCAUUGAGAAAAGACGAGUCAUACUAAAGGAAAUCGGUGAAAACAAAUUGAAAAGUGACGCUGAUGGCAAACGUCCGAAAAUGGCCUUUCUUGACAAUUUACUAACAGCCGAGGUUGAGGGCAAACCGCUAACAUUUCAAGAUAUUUUUGAAGAGGUCUCAACGUUUGUUUUUGAGGGCCAUGACACCACCGCCAGCGCUAUUGGUUUCACCAUUUACAGUCUCUCUCGACACACGCAAAUACAGGAGCGUGCCUUUCAAGAACAAUACGCCAUUUUCGGCAAUGAUCUUCAACGCAAUCCAACAUACCAAGAAUUGGGCGAAAUGAAGUACUUGGAGUUGAUACUGAAGGAAACGCUGCGAUUAUAUCCCAGUGUGCCAUUUAUUGUGCGCACGCUGCAGGAACAAACUGAAAUUGGUGGCUUUCAGAUUCCUGCUGGUACUUCCAUCGGUUGCAUUAUUAUUGCAUUGGGUACAAAUCCGCACAGUUUUCCAGAACCAUUUAAAUUCAAACCGGAACGUUUUGAAAAUCGCACCACAUCGAAUCCGUACGACUACGUGCCAUUCAGCGCCGGGCCGCGGAACUGUAUAGGACAAAAAUUUGCUAUGAUGGAAUUGAAAGUGACCGUCUCAAAAAUCAUACGCCACUUCAAUGUACUACCUGCAGUGGACGGACUAUCCACGGGUAUACACGACCCGGCAGAUCCAAAUGACAAGUUCGACAAUCCUUAUGACGCACGUUUGGGAUUCUAUUUGACACUUAAGUCGGUAAAUGGCCUAAAAAUACGGCUACGUCGGCGAGUGUACUGAGCGUAAUUGUUUCAAGUGGGCGUGGUUUCAUUAGCAUCUAAUAAAGAGAGUUUGUACUUAAAUGUUUUCUGUUAAAAAAAGU